CAAAAUGCGCGAACUAGUCCACAUGCAGGCGGGACAAUGCGGCAACCAAAUCGGUUCCAAAUUCUGGGAGACAAUCUCACAAGAACACGGAAUUGAUGAUAAGGGUGCCUACCACGGUGACUCGGACCUCCAGUUGGAGCGCAUUAACGUAUACUAUAACGAGGGACAAGGUGGCAAAUACGUGCCACGGGCUCUCCUGAUCGAUCUAGAGCCUGGAACUAUGGAUUCGGUGCGAUCAGGUCCGUUGGGCAAGCUAUUCCGACCGGAUAACUUUAUCUUCGGCCAGAGUGGAGCAGGCAACAAUUGGGCAAAGGGUCACUACACUGAAGGUGCAGAGCUGAUUGAAGAGGUGUUGGACGUCGUUCGAAAGGAGUGUGAGGCUUGCGAUUGUCUGCAGGGCUUUCAGCUAUGUCAUAGUCUCGGUGGUGGCACAGGAUCUGGCAUGGGUACUCUUCUUAUCGCAAAGAUCAGGGAGGAAUACCCGGACCGUAUAAUGACCUCCUUCUCAGUAGUGCCGUCGCCUAAGGUGUCGGACACAGUUGUUGAGCCUUACAACGCCACUCUCUCAGUCCACCAACUAGUGGAGAGCACAGACGAGACCUUCUGCAUCGAUAAUGAGGCACUCUAUGAUAUUUGUUUCCGAACGCUGAAGUUGCCUAACCCGAACUAUAGCGACCUGAAUCACCUAGUUAGCUUGACUAUGUCUGGUGUGACUACGAGCCUUCGAUUUCCUGGUCAGCUGAACUCUGAUCUGCGAAAACUGGCUGUCAAUAUGGUUCCUUUCCCGCGUCUGCACUUCUUUGUGCCUGGUUUUGCGCCACUCGCCAGUAGAACCUCACAGUCCUACCAGAGUUGUACGAUCCUUGAACUGACGCGACAGAUGUUCGACGCAAAAAACAUGAUGGCAGCGUGUGACCCCAGUCAUGGCCGCUACCUCACCGUUGCUGCGAUGUAUCGUGGACGCGUGUCCAUGAAGGAGGUGGAGGAUCGGAUCUUAGAGACACAGACUCGUAAUUCCACCUACUUUGUGGAAUGGAUCCCAAAUAAUGUCAAGACUGCAGUGUGCGAUAUUCCACCAAUCGGAUUCAAAGUAUCUGGCACGUUUAUUGGGAACACUACGGCGAUACAGGAAUUGUUUACCCGUGUCAGUGACCAGUUUGCAGCCAUGUUUCGUCGUAGGGCUUUCUUGCACUUCUUCACCAGCGAGGGCAUGGAUGAAAUGGAGUUUUCCGAGGCGGAGUCAAACAUGAACGACUUGAUUAGUGAGUAUCAGCAGUACCAAGAGGUCGGAAUAGACGAUGACUAUGGAGAGGAGGGUGAGACAGCUGAGGAAGAAGCGCCUUUAGAAGAAGAAUGA